UUCACUUCCGCACUUCGGAACUAUUCCACUCCGAUUUGUAUUCUGUUAUCACGUCGGAUGACGUUUCAAACAGUUAUCACACGAAAAAGAUCGUCGUCGUACAGGAACCAGCGCAUUUGAAGCCUAGUGUAAUUAUGUGUUUGUUUAUAUACGGCAGGACAAAUUAAAAGCGAGACUUUUUUUGCUAAAGUCAGCCAGGAAGUGGCUUUAGUGCAAGGAGACUCGCUGCAUCAGUUGUAAAGCUGUCAGCUAACUUCUACAACGCUGUUAAAGCAGAAAUAAUGCAGGUGUUGACCUAUCCCUGUCGAAGGCCUCUCCUGGUUUGGACACUGGUGGUUCAGUUAUUCCUGCAAGGAAGCGGGACGUAUGCCGACGACGCCACCGACAACUGUAAACUCGUCUUUGAGUCCGAGUCUGAACGGAAGGUCCUCCGACAAAUAGAGACGCUCGCCCACAAAAAUUUCACAGCGGAGACACAGAUUGGAGAGGACAAGUACUCGUACAUGUUCCAGCUGUGUGGCGACGCAGGAGGAAUUCCGGGAGCCGGCGUCAUUCAAGUGGACAACCAGAAGACGGGAGCGAAGAUAACUGUGAUUGGCUUGUACAAUGCAACAGAGGUUAUAGGAGGAAGUGACUAUGUGUGGUUGGUCUAUGGAAACGGAGAAAAAUACGACACCCACUGCUCCAAAGAACAGAGAAAAGCCUUUGUGAUGAUUUUUUGCAACCGAGAUUUGGACUUGGGCCAGCUGGAGGUGGUUCAGGAGAACAGGGAACGGGAGCAGAACUGCUACUACCAGUUCAAGCUGGAGUCCAGUGCUGUGUGUCCACCUCUUGAAUCCAAGCUCAGCGCCGGUACCAUCAUACUCAUCAUAGCUUUCUGUCUUCUGACUGUUUACCUCAUCGGAGGUUUCCUCUAUCAGCGGCUCAUUGUCGGGGCCAAAGGCAUGGACCAGUUCCCCAAUUAUGCCUUCUGGGUGGAGGUUGGCAAUCUCUCUGCAGACGGUUGUGACUUUGUAUGCCGCUCUCGGGAUCGAGAGGAACCCCCUACCUACAGGGGAGUGGCCACGGAACCUUUAGAGGAGGAGCCCGAAGAGCGAGAUGACCACUUAUUACCCAUGUGACCUCACAGAGUGUGCAUCCAUUUUCACUGUGUGACAAGUUUGAUAAACUGCUUGUAGACAAACUUAGUUAUUGUACCGAUUUCAAUUUGGGGAGGCUGGGGAACCAUGCAGAUGCCAUGGAGAGCGGCUUAGUGACCUCCGCACCUCAUUCAAUGACUGAUUCAUGAGGUUUCGCCUCUAGAAAUGUGACAGGAAGUUUUGUUUCUACCUGAUGCAAUUUACACGAUAUUUUCCUUUUUUCCUGCCUAUGUUUUGAGUAUAGGUCCGUAUAGGGUAAAAAACUGCUGCUCUUGUACUCUGCCCUUAAUAACUGUAAUUUAGGAUGGCUUCAAUAAUGUGAAUGUUUAAUUUUGAGGGCAGUCCUCAUUCUAUUCACCAAGGUCAACAGAAUGUGCUAUGAUUGGUAUGCAGUCUACACAUUUGAUUCAAGAGCAAACACACUCGUCCAAAAGUUUUACCCGUACAUCUCUUUGGAGUUUUGCUAAUAAAAGUAAAUAUACAGAUAUGGUAUAUGAUGGUAAAUUAUGCAUUUUUUGUUUAAUUAAAUAUUUAUACAGAUAUAUUUUGAUAAAAUAAAUGCACUCUCACAGCAAAUAACCAAAGCUGAUGAUAGCAAAGCUCUUUAAUACUAAUGAUAUUACUAUAGAUAGAUGGUCCUAGUUCACCAUUAACUAACCAUUAAACAACACAAAAGUUGUUGGAUAGUGGUAACAAGAGCACUUCCCUGGUAUUGGUAUUGUACACUGUACAUUUUGGAAUGUGGUGGUGAGAGCUUAAAGCCAGCUUGUCAAACUUAAUGGAAAAUCAUGUUGAGAAUUUUCAGUAUGUUACUUUGCUUUUCCGUUUGCUUUAAUUUCAUGCUUUGUGUUAUGUAUAUUAUUGUUUCAUUGAAUUUAGAUUUGAGUCGUGGCUCGAAAGCAUCACUCAUACAUGUUUGCAAAAGUCAACAUUUAACAGGGAAGGAAGCUUUUUUUUGUUCAAGCCAAAUUUCUGUUGAAAAAUUGUGUAUCGGAUGACAUUUGGACAUUUUCUGUACAGUAUGCAGUGGUGUUUGAAUAAAAAUGUUUCAUGCAGACUACAG